AUGGCGUGUUUGCCCACGUCCGAGUUUGAAUCUAUACUUACCGGUACACUUGGUACUGGCCAAAGCAAAUUGCUUAAAUUAUCGUUGCAUAUGUGUGAAUGGUUAUCGAGCAGCGAAUGGUGUGACGUCAAGCUCGUAUGUGGUGGCAGAACGUUCAACGCACACCGUGCAGUCUUAGCAAGCCGAGUUCUACUGUCAUGUUCACAAGAAGAUAAUGCUUUUAUAGUCUUGCCAGAAUUCGAUCUCGAAGCUAUGUCUUCCGUUCUCUAUUAUGUUUACAACGGUGAAGUCCUUAUAGAGCAACGUAAGCUACUUAUGUUCCUUGAUAUAGUUAAAACAUUAGAAAUUUUCAUUGAUCAACAGUAUUUAGAAAAAAUACAUUACAGUAUCGAUAGUAGAUAUUUGGAUAUACUAAAAUAUCCUAAGAGCAUACUUUUGGCUAAUGAGUUGAGCUCGAAGAAUAUUAAGGAACACGAAUGUAUGAAUACUGAAAAAGUUGAAAUGAUGCAGGACAAACUUCAAUAUUCACUAAGUGACUCAGAUCUCACUGAUAAGAGUGAUAGAUGUUACAGUCACAGUGAACAACAUCCAUCUACACCAUAUUUGGACCGACAAAGGAGCUCUUUUCUACGUGAUUUAUAUAUCGAAACGUAUCCUCAAAACGGUAAUGUUAACGGUCUUACAGAAGGCGUGCGAGCAAUAUCAAAUGAACGCUAUCGUGCACCGACAUCUGUUCUCUUGACGAAUGCAAAUAGCGAACUUCCCACCGGAGCCGACAGACUUACAGAAUCAAGUAAUAAACUAGCCGAAAGAGAUUUUUUACCUAACAUAUUUCGCAAACAAAGUUGCGUGAAAGGUUUCGAUCAAGCGUACAACGGCAUUAGUACGAAAAGCUUCUUUGAAACCGCCCAAUGGACAAGUUUAGGUUUGCCGAAAUGUAAAUUAUUUAUGGAAAGUGGUUACAACUAUGAUUUGAGAAUCAGUAACAGCCAACAUGUGAUAAACUACAAGCAAACGAAUUCUAAUACCCAAUUUCAGGGGGAUAUGCAAGAAAAGAUCCCCUCAUCGUCUUUAGAUCUUAGUUUUACACGAUUUGUAAGGUCUGUAGUAUCAAAUUCGUUUAAUGAUAAGAAUAAAUAUUUAGAUAAAAUAGAUGUAACUGAAAGCAACGUUAGCGGUAUAAAUCGAGAAUAUGACAUAAAAGCGAAGUGUACUAAUUUAUACAAAGUACCAAUUUUUAAUCAAGUGAUAGAUAGCCCAUGGCGACCACGAUUGCCAAAUAAUUACAAACCAUUUAGAAGAAAAGGGACGUAUGUUACUGAUACUGCGCCAAAUAAGAAGGAAAAUUUUACAGUUGUGAAUGAUAGCAACAAUAAUAAUGUAGAGCAGACGACUGAAAUCGCUUUUGUGACUCAUAACACUGCGGACACACAAGAGCAUAGAUGUCCAAUGUGUAAUCAGGUAUUCAGCGAUGAUGGCAGCCUUAAAGUUCACAUGAAGAGGCAUACGUCAACGGCUCGGUACUCGUGCAGCGAAUGUGGGAAAACGUUCUCCCAGCUACGCAACUUCAAGUACCACGUAUCAGUGCACCGUGGUACCAGGGAGUUUGCUGCCACAUGUACCGUAUGCGGAAAAUACUUCAACGAUAGGGGCUACCUCAGCAGCCACAUGAAGAUUCACAGGAAUAGAAAAGAAUACAAGUGUUCACUAUGUCCGAAGUCAUUCAAUCAACGCGUCGCGUACAAUAUGCACGUCAGAAUACACACAGGUGUGAAACCUCAUGUGUGCGAUGAGUGCGGUAAGGCGUUUUCCCGAAAAAUGCUAUUGAAGCAGCAUCAGCGAACUCAUUCCGGUGAGCGUCCUUACGCUUGUUCCCAUUGCGACAAGCGUUUUGCUGACAGCAACGCUUGCGUUGUGUUUCGUCGUGUGAGUGAGGGUACCGGAGGCCCAACCCCUCUCUAUUCCCUUCCCUCUACCCCUCAACCAUUCCCUCCCUAUGAUCAUAUUCGUCCCUCAAAGACCGGCAGCGCGCUUGUAGCCCCUCUGGUGUUGCAGGUGUCCAUGGGCGACGGUAAUCACUUACAAUCAGGUGUAAAACCAUUCUCUUGUUCGUUGUGCCCAAAGUCGUUCACUAAGAAGCAUCAUCUUAAAUCGCACCUGAACUUCCAUACUGGUGCUAAGCCGUACUCAUGUCCUCGCUGCAACCUGGCCUUCACACAGUCUUCAAAUAUGCGGACACAUAUGAAGAAAUGUACUGCUAUAUCAGAGUCUAAUAAUUAA